AUGCAAUGGAUGGUGGCGCUGUUGUUCGUACUUCUUGAAUUUCUUCCCGAUUUUAUUUAUGGAUGUACACCACGAUAUCGGGAAGAACUUCAAUACUUGGAUUAUUAUCUUGGCAUAAAACCGGAAAAUCAUGGUAAUCUCGAGGUGGAAGAAACUACGCUAAAACAAUAUAUAAGCAAUUCAAUGAAGCUAAAUUGUCAAUUCAAUAAACGAUGCGCGUGGAUGAAUGCACCUGAUGAUGAUUUAUUAGAUACAUCAGAUUUUUAUUUAUUUGCCAAAACAAACAGUAAAUUAUUUCCACCACAAAUUCAACCAGGAUCAUCCGAUCCAUUAAAAGGUACGAAAUUUGUUAUCGCAGGUAAUACAACAACAAGACCUCAAAGUGCAAUACUAAUUAGUGCACCAAUUGCUUGCCAACGAGCUUCCGGAUUAUUAACAUUCAAAUAUUGGCUAUAUAAUGAAGCAAAAAUUGAAGUGUUAAUUUUAAAGCCAUUUAAUCGAUGGAAUCGUCUUCGGGUUAUUACACGGCCAAAUACCGAUUGUUACUUCAUUCGUGCCUUUAAUGAUCAUUGCAAAGUUGAAAUACCGGAAAUUGCUGAGCCAUUUCGGAUUGGUAUUCGUGUGUAUGAGUUAAAAAGUUCAGCGUUGGGUAGUUUCGGAAUGAUAACGGAUAUUCAGUAUAAAGCUGAAAUAUGUUUGGAACCUAAGUUAUCAACAGUUUUUGGAGCUCGAACAAUUCCACUAUCAUCUAUUACAUCCUAUCCGAUUUCCGCUUCCGAACUUUCCUGUGUUGAUUACAAUUCAACUUGUCGCUGGUCCAAUAGUCUUUCAUCAUCAGCCGAAUGGAAGAUCGGAUGGAAUCUUCGACGAUGGAACGAAAUCUUUGAAACGACAAGUAAACCAACUGGAAGUUUUUUUUAUCAGUACGUCGAUUCAAUUACUCCAAAGCCCUAUUCAUUACUACGAUCAGAACUUGUUCCAUGCACCAGUACUGUUACAACUUUUACCUUUAGAUAUUGGUUACAAACAGGUACACAGGUUCAGGUUUGUACAGUUACUGCAUCAAAUGUGAUAAUUAGCUGUGUGUACCUAAACGAAGUAACAGUGCCUGGACCUAUUAAUAUUGAUAUCGAUUCACCAACUGAGGAACCUUUUCGAUUCAUAUUUGAAUUAAUCAAUUUUGAUAAUUCAACAUUUGGCCUUGUCGUUAUUGAUGAUAUGCAAUUUACUGGUUUAUUAUGUCAUGAAGUAACAGUGCCACCCUCUACAACAAUCGAUCCGUUGCAAAUUAAGCAAUUUUUCUCUCUUCAGCCAUAUCCAAAUUUGUUAAUCGUAAAUCAAGUUUCGGUAGCUGUCCUUAAUAAUUCCAUGGCUAUAUUACAAUCUCGAGAAGUACCAUGUGCUUCGGAUGCAAAAAUUUUCAUUGCAUAUUUUCGAACCGAAAAAGCUAACAUAACAGUUUGCAUCGAGAAACAUUGUGUUAGCACUAAUGAUUCACGUUCUGGUGCAACAGCAGAUAUUAACAAAGGUUCUGGUUUAGCCGUAUUAAAAUCGCCACAGUUUAAGCUUUCGCGUCCGGUUGAAUUACAAAUUAAGAUAUAUCAGUCAACAUUCGGUUCUCAGACAUUCCUGUGUGGUGAUGAUUUUAGCACUUUGUAUGACUGUCAACCGAUAUUAGGCCCAAAAAUAGAAUUGCCAACAACAGAAAAAAUAAUUUUACCACUUGAUCAGGAUGCACAAAAUUUUACAAUUGUUGCGGUGCACGAUAAAUUUAUGGAAUUUGGUGCAGCAAAAUUUAUUAUUUCAAAUAUUGAAAUAUUAGAUGAAAAUGGAAAAUUGUUAUGUUGA